UAUAGAAAAUCUUGUCAAAUCUGGGUUUUAGAUCCUCCAUUUACUGGAUUUUUUAUUUUAUUUUGUACAAACUCGUCCUUCCAAACUCUAGUUCUUGGAAAGCGUAGAAUAGUUUUAGGCAUAAUUGAAACUGGGUCGUGCUUUGUUUCACUUCAAUGGAGGGUAACCACCGAAAAGGCUAUGCUUGGGCGAUUUUAGCCGGAUUUAACGCAGCCCUAGCUGCCAUUGUUACAAAGCUAUUCUUUUCUCAGCUUAUCAAAUAUGGCCUGGUCAUAUUCUUCAAUGUGAUAAUGUGGGGAUGCUACAUCAAUAGCUUGAAAGCACUGUCAUCUCUGCAAGCUACAGUCACAAACUUUGCCACUAACUUUCUCUCUUCAGGUCUGGCAGGGUUCCUACUUUUUGAGGAAUCAUUAUCUCCACAGUGGUUUGCAGGUGCUGCCCUUAUUGUUCUUGGUGUUUUCAUACUUAGCAAAUCAAGCAUAGAGAGAAAGGCUCACUCAGAUUAGUGGUUUGUUUAAUUCAGCUGCCUGAGUUCUGCCUCUCAAAGUUUUAUACCCCAGGACCCUGUUUGCAACAGUCACAGUGUCAAAAGAUCUCUAGCACCUGAAAAUGUAAGUAAGAGGGCUUGAGGUGGAACAUGGUGUUUAUGGUUUUAGUUGGGUCUUUACCACAUCAUGGUGGCAUGGUGAUUGUGGAUAUCACAGGUUGUAGUUGGCUGAAGCAUAAUUUUCCUUGUAUUUGAUCUGUAAACCUAUACCAUGUUUCUGAGGACCAUGAAUAAUCAUGCAGCAACAGUGGACAUAACCAAGGGAAGACUGAAGAAUUAUGUAUUCAUUCUCCAGUUUAGAGUUUGCCCUACUAGUGAUACAUGUUCUAAUACUGGGAGUGUUGAGGAUACAGAAACGGCAGUUGAAGGUAGAGGCAGCCCAUCUUUAGAACAACAAUAUCAUCAAAUCUAUUGGAUGGUGCUAUUGUGUAGUUUUAUUAUUGUUAACAUAUAAAUGAGAGUUAAUUUUUCUGAUAA